AUGGAAAGUAACAGAGAGACCAGGCCCCUAGUCCCCGGCGGCCCCGCUAUUCCUGGCUACGGUAGCGGUCACGGUAACGGUGGGGCAGGGGGUGCUAAGAAUCCCCGGCAGAGACACGGCUACCACCCCCCAAAACGACGACCACUGGCCCUGGUAACACACAACGUGCGCACUCUGAGGCUAGACGAGAAGCUCGUCGAGCUGGAAGAAGAGAUGGACAAGCUGCGCUGGGACGUUAUUGGUUUAUCAGAAAUCCGAAGACAGGGAGAGGAUACGAUAACUUUGCAGUCCGGCCACUUGUUCUUCUACCGAGAGGGAGAGCAGAAGUCCCAAGGUGGUGUUGGGUUUAUCAUCCACAAGUCUCUCGUGAACAACAUUGUGUCCGUCGGGAGUGUGUCGAAUAGGGUAGCGUGCCUUAUACUCAGAAUAUCUAAACGAUAUUCGCUGAAGGUCAUACAGGUUUACGCUCCCACUCAAACACACCCAGACGAUGAGGUGGAGGCUUUGUAUGAGGACGUUAGUAGGGCCAUACAUAGCUCCAAAACACACUUCACUGUUGUUAUGGGAGACUUUAAUGCGAAGCUGGGCUGUAGAAGCAAUGAUGAGUUGAAAGUAGGGCAAUUUGGAUAUGGGCAGCGAAACUCCAGGGGACAGAGGCUGGUCGACUUUCUGGAGAAAGAAGGACUUUAUAUGAUGAAUUCUUUCUUCCAGAAGCCGCCCCACAGGAAAUGGACCUGGAUGAGUCCCGAUGGUGUAACAAAAAAUGAGAUCGAUUUCAUCAUGAGCACCAGUAGACAGAUAUUCAAUGAUGUCUCUGUGAUUCAUAGGGUUAAAACCGGAAGUGAUCACCGGAUUGUCAGGGGCAUAUUGAGUAUCAAUGUCAAAUUGGAAAGAUCGCGUCUGAUGAAAUCCACGCUCCGGCCGCCGAAUGCACAUAUUCAUAACCGCGAGGGCUUUCAACUCGAAUUGUCAAAUCGCUUUAAAGGGCUAGACAGCAAAGCGUCUGUGGAUUAUAUCAACAGCAGGCUGGUGGAAACUGUCCAUACGGUAGGGUCUAAGUAUUUUAAAACUCACCACAAAAAUAGACCUCAAAAACUAUCAGACCACACCCGGAACCUCAUGGCUAGCCGACGUUCUAUGACACUCCAAACUUCUGAGGACGCUGAGUCAUAUAGGCAGCUAAAUAGAUAA